CUACCGUAGCCGUGUGACGUCAGGCGCGACGUUUUCAAAACAAAGCACACCACUUCACAACAUUACGCAGCGGGACAACAACGUGGAAAACGCGAGCUUCCAAAAGCAGUGCAUAUUUAGAACGUUCUCCAUUGAAUUUGGUGCAUCGAUUGACGAAAGUGUAACGAAAUCGUCUUGCUUCUUCACCGAAAGUGUGCACAACGUUCCAAUUACACAGCAAAAGGUGUAUUUUUAGAGAAAAUUGUGUGCGUGUUUACAUUGUUCGGUGAACCAAGGACCAAGGGGAAGAAACUUCCAAUUUGUACUGUCCCCUAGUGUUGGAGCUGAUCAAUAUCAUGGAUUACGAGGAACUGGCUACGAUGGUGGAGGAGGCAAAUCAAUCGGAGCGCAAGGAAAGCGGCAAACGAGGACGCAAACCGGGUCGCAAGGUGUCUACAGAGAAGAUCGACAUGAAAGCUAAACUCGAACGCAGCCGGCAAAGUGCUCGUGAGUGUCGUGCCCGCAAGAAGCUUCGCUACCAGUACUUGGAGGAGUUGGUGACCGAUCGCGAGAAGGCCGUGAUUGAGCUGCGCCGCGAGCUGGAAAAGCUGCACAACUGGGCGCUCGAGGUUGAAGCCGGUCGGUGCCCGGACGGGCUGCAGGAACUGCUCGAGGAGCUGGGUGCCAUGAAGCAGGAGUAAUUGUCCCACUUGUUUUUUUUUGGGAGUUACGUUCCUUUCAGAAGCUUUUGUUGCUCGGUGUGCAUCGUAUCUCAAUAUGCAGCAAUCGUUACUGCGUAUUAGGAUAGAGCGAAAAGGUUUCACACAUUAGCCCAGUUUUUGCGUUGCAUUUAGUUGCACUCAAUAAUAGCUUUUGCUUUCCUUCAUAUUGUUUUCGUUUUCGUUUCCUUUCUCUAGUUACGUUUCAAUACAUUUCUGUUCGUUGAGCAUUUUGCCAAAAAAAGAAGCGCGAGCGCUCUGCACCGUGUUGUGGAGAAGAGCAGUGAUUAAAAAAACCUACAUAAAAAAAGAAAAAAAUGAAGCGAAAGUUACUCAAAAAAAGAAGGAAACUCAAAAUCUGAACGAUCAUCAAUCAUCAUGACCUUUAAGACACAAUGUUUUACUAAAACGUGCGACAGGGAAAGAUUAACAUUACCACAACCCUUCCACGUUUGGAGGAGGAGCGUUUGUAAAAGGAAGAAAGUGGCAGGCGUACGAUGGCCUCACUAGUUCCGUGUGCGUGCGGGUGUGUGUAUAUUAUCGGUUUAGUUUUACGUAACAGUAGGGAUGAUGGUACAAACAAGCCAAACAAAUAUAGGUUUCGGAUGGCCUGACAAGCAUAAUGAUUCAGGGUGAUAGAAGCACACGAGGGUCACAGCAUCUUCCAACGCAAGGUGUGUGUGUGUGUGUGACCAUCGUAGUUUUCGUCGUCGUUCUAUAUUAGGGCAGGUUAUGGUUAAGUGCUUUUGUGUUAGAUUUUAUUCGGAAGGAAAUAAAAAAACAAAACCAAAACCUCACAACGAUUUUACGCAUUCGCUCAUCAGCGAACAGAUAUGCUGAUAUGGUGCGUGUGCAAUUAAGUGGAAAAGGGGGAUAACUCUUAUUCCAUUUGUACCGCUGUUCAUUGAAAGUUCAUAUUUUGCUUCCCGGAUGCGAUUAUCAUUGUGUGGGGAGUGAAUAAACGAUCGUUUCGUUAAGCAUAGAGCAUAUGAAACAAUAUUUUUGUAUGAUAUAUUUGUGAAUUUUAAUAAUAAAGAUAACAUUUCCUCCGUCAUGCUUAAA